AUGAUAACAACAAUGAGGACGAUGACGAAGGACGACAACAACAAGAAUAAUAACGACAAGCAGGAUGACGACGAUAAUGAGGACGACAACGAUAAGGACGAUGAUGACAAGGACAACAAUAAGGACGACAAUGAGGAUGGCGACAAGGAUGAUAUUAACACCCAUAAGUUUACGACCAUCUACUUGAUAAUGUCGGGAGAAUUGUAA